CCAUAGUAUGCAGCUAAGCUCAUGUGAUCUAAGAAUCUAGAUGCAUUUGGUGGGAUUUAUGAAUACUGUCUUAUCGUGCCAUAUUUUUUCACAUGAGGAAUGUGCAGGUGAUUGGUGAUUGUUAAUCUAGGUUUGAAGAAAAAUGGUUGAACUACUUUUUGAGGAUAUCUUCACUGUAAACAAUAUGGACCCUGAUGGCAAAAAGUUUGAUAAAGUUUCUCGGAUUGAAGCACGGAGUGAGCAAUUUGACAUGUUCAUGCAUCUAGAUGUGAACACAGAGGUAUAUCCCCUUCGUACAGGGGACAAGUUCACAAUGGUGUUAGCUUCUACCCUAAGCUUAGAUGGAACUCCUGACACUGGUUAUUUUACUCAGGGAGGAAGGAAAUCGCUUGCAGACAAAUUUGAGUAUGUGAUGCAUGGGAAGCUAUAUAGGAUUGGCGAGGAAGGUUCAGGAAUCAAUGUUAAAGCGGAGAUUUAUGCUUCUUUUGGUGGCCUUCUUAUGUUGCUCAAGGGAGACCCUUCCAAUGCUGCAAACUUCGAGUUAGAUCAGAGGCUGUUUCUUUUAAUGAGGAAAGUUUGAGGCAGACCUCCUCUAUAUGUAUUACCUAGGGUUGACUAAUGAAAUACUUCAGGAGAACUCAUAUCAAUAUGAAAAAACCAUGCAGUUUCGUGUUAUUAUGCAGUAGCUUAAUGGAUAUGUAGGUUUCUAUUGGGUGUUCCUUUUGUUUUAAACACGAGAAUGCACUCUCAGUUGUAUAUCAAACAUGAUAAUGCAUGAAGCUUUUUCUGACUGAUAUUAUCAGUGCUGGGUAUGGCAGUCUCAGUUGUAUAUCA